UUAUUAUAAAAAAUUCAAUGAUUUUAUUGCGAUUUAAUUUUCUAUAAAUAACAAGACAUAUUUAAAUAUGAAGCACACAAGUCAUUCCAAAACCAUAACAACUCCGUUAUCUAAAAAUAAUUCCAAAUGGCAUUCAAGUUCAUUGCUUUCCUUGCUUUUGUCACAGUUGUAAGUGCUGGUCUAGUUCCUGUGCCACAAGUUUAUCACCCAGCUGCAGUGACAUAUGCUCAUCCCCAACCGGUUUUGGCUAAACACCACGAUGAUCAAUAUGAUCCCCAUCCUCAAUAUAAAUUCGCUUACGAAAUCAAUGAUAAACAUACCGGUGACAAUCACAGUCAACAAGAAGAACGUAAUGGUGAUCUUGUACACGGUGAAUACUCUCUGAUUGAUGCUGACGGUUUCAGACGUAUUGUUCAAUACUCGCAUUCCUUUGGGUGAAGUCAAAACUGUAGUAAAAUCUGCUGUCCCCGUGCAUUAUGUAGCUCCUGCUACCACAGUUGCUAAGCAUUAUCCAGUUCCUGUAGCUUAUCAUCAACAUCAUUAAGAACGUUGAAUCUACAUUAUUUUGUAGAUUUUUUAUUAUACAUAAUUAUAAGUUGUUAUUGUUUGUUCUUUCACGAGAUUUAA